CACCUCUCCCUCGGCCCAACUCUCCCCCCGUCUCCCACUCUCGGUCGCCGUCCGCCCCUGCGACUGCCCGCGCCCCGGCUUUCCCGAAGGCGCCACUAAACGCCACCGGCCGCCGCCACCCGGGCCUCUCUCUCGCCGGCUGACGCCUGACGCCCGCCCGCUCGCGGCUCCUGUCCGCCACUGCUCCGACGAGGAGGUCCUUGCCCACGGGAGGAGGGAGAUGUCGUACAUGCGGGGUGACCUGCUGACCAAGACGCGGAAGCUGGUGAAGGGCCUCGCCAAGCCCGCCCCCACAUGGCUCGAGGCCAUGGAAGAGGCACCUCCAGUGACAUUUCCUCGUGUGGAUGGAAAGAUCAAGAAGAUUGAGAUGCCAGAGGAUGUGUACGUCAAGAAGUUCUUCAAAAAGCAUCCAGAUUCUCUCUACCACGAUGCAAUCAAGAUAAGCGGAUUUGAUCCGCCACCAGCACGAGUUUUUGCAUGGCGUGUCUUGGAGUUGAAAGAGCAAGGAGUCAGUGAAGAUUAUGCGAUGGCUGUAGCAGAUUUUGAGUAUCACAAGGAAAAGAAAGCAAAGAAGAAAGCAUACAAGGAACUGAAAGAAAUCGCCCGCAGUGAAGGGAAGGAACCGCCACCAGACCCAUACCCAAGUGCCAUCAAAGAAAUACAAGCAGAGGAAAAGAAAUAUGUUAUGGACCGUUUCUAUAACCCAAAGGUAAUUGAGAUUGCAAAUAAGAUGAAAGAGGAGAGAGAUAUGUUGCUUCAAGAUAGAGCGGCAUCAGGUCAGUGGUAGUAGCAGGUUUUAGUUGGACUGGCCGACUAGGUAUUAUUGUUUGACAUCAGCCAAUUGUCAUCAUAAAAAAUAAUGUAUGCGUACAUGACAUGAUGUGGCAAACAAGAAACUCAUUUGGUCUUGUACAUUUUUCUUCUUUUGAUGGUAGUAUUUGACCUCAAAAAACAAUCUUAAUGGCUUGAUGCUAUAUGGAUGGCUGUGCUCUAUUAUGCACAUGCAUGAGCCCAUGAGAAAA